AUGUCACCUAACACCGUCGCUCUUCAACAAGCAACCCAAAGCUUUGUAAGCAAACAGAAAUCAAAAGAACAAAUCAAGAGAAAUGGUAAUUUUGAGCAAGAUUUAGUAUGGCUAAAUAUUAUUGUAUAUGUAGUUUUUCAUUCUUUGGCACUUUGGGGAUUUUGGCGACUUUUUACUGGUAAAUUCAUGUGGACAACAUAUGUAUUUAUGCAUAGUUAUGGCUUGUUAUGUGCCUUUGGAGUAACAUGUGGAGUUCAUCGUCUUUGGUCUCAUAAAGCCUAUAAAGCCAAACUGCCUUUACGAAUCAUUCUAAUGUUGAUGCAAUCAGCUACCUUGCAGGAUAAUAUCUACAUUUGGACCAGGGACCAUAGGCUACAUCACAAAUAUACUGAUACUGAUGCUGAUCCAUAUAACUCAAACAGGGGAUUCUUUUUCUCCCACGUUGGAUGGUUAUUAAUGAGGAAACAUCCGCAAGUUAAAAAUAAAGGGAAGACCAUUGACAUGAGUGAUGUUGAAGCCGACCCCGUUGUCAAAUUUCAAAGAAAGUAUUAUGUUCCAUUGGCCCUAUCUUUGGGAUUAAUUGUUCCAACAGUAUUCUCGACGUAUAUGUUGGGCGAAUCUUUCAUUAACUCCUGUUUUUGUUCAAUUAUGAAAAGUAUAUUGACGUUAAACAUGACUUGGUCCGUUAACAGUGCGGCACAUCUCUGGGGAUGGAAGCCCUAUGACAGGACUAUCAACCCAGUUGAAAAUCUAGCCGUUGCCAUCAUGUCCUCGGGAGAAGGCUGGCACAACUACCACCAUACCUUCCCAUGGGACUACAAAGCUGCCGAACUUGGCAACUACCGUUAUAAUGUAAGUACCGGAUUUUUAGAUCUCAUGGCUUAUUUAGGACAAGCAUACGAUCUCAAAACAGUAUCAGAAGACAUGAUUAAAAAACGAGCUGCAAGAACAGGAGAUGGAUCAUACAAAUUCGAUAAAGUUCCUUUUGAAAAUGGUUAUACAAAAGAGCCUCACAACUUCCAUGAUGACUCUGUGUGGGUUCGAGAUGAUAAGGAUAUGAAGGAUGAGGA